AUGGUUGACCCGGAAGGUCCAAGGCAGGGCCGCGCUAGGCCCGACCGUCUUUUUCGCCGUCGCAUGCCACCUGCAGGCCAGGAGGAGGAUCUGGAAACGGGUCUUGAGCUCCAGAUGCCCCCUCUGAAGUCCCCAGACCCCGAGUUGCAUUCCGGAACUGGCGGUGGACGUCUGGAAGGAAUAUAUCCAGACCACCACCACCCCCUCCACCCUGCUUAUUCUCCUCUUCGUGCUUCCCACCUUCUGCUCAAUGGUCCACUGAAGAUUCUUGAGACAGUCGGUUGCUUAGCAACAGGACCCAAAACUAACCUGACCCAGGUGGACCCUCUGCCUCGGACCCUUUUUCUCCCCCUGGAUGCUGGCAGAAUGUCAGAGGAGGGGCCCCAGGAAUGUGUGAAACUGGUGGAAGCAAACACUAGGGGAAACCGCCUGGAAUUGGAACCAGAGGCCAGUCUGAACCCCCAAGUACCAGCCAUGUCUGAAAUCACCAACCCCCAGGGAAAAACAAGCGACUACUACCGCGUGGCCCAGAACCUGCCUGCCAGGUUCAAUGAUCCCUCCUGUUUCCGGGGCUACAGGAGCAAGAAGCCCGUGUCCCUGUACAGUACCAGUAACCAGACCUAUGGAGGCCAGGCCCCCACGGUGCAUGAGAUGCCGCAAGUGUUUUAUCCAAGUACGAGAAAAUUUUCUUCACAGCUCACGAUUGGUGGAAUGUUCCGGAACAAUGCUUUGAACGUCUUCAUGGAGAAGAGCUUUGUGACAGGUCCCGACAACUUUGUUACCUUCGAUGACAGGCUCAAUUUCCACCCCAGUUACAAUGGCAACAAGCCAUCCUGCUGCAGCUGA